AUGCGGCCAACCGAGCCGUCUGAUUGUGCGAUAUGUGGUGAUCACGCAACUGGUAAACACUAUGGAGCAUUAUCCUGUGAUGGUUGCAAAGGAUUUUUCCGGCGAACAGUUCGGAAAAAGCAUAACUAUGUUUGCCGCUUCGAAAAAAAAUGCAUCGUUGACAAAGAUCAUCGAAAUACAUGUAGAAAAUGCCGUUUUGACCGAUGUAUAAGGUGUGGUAUGCGCCGCGAAGCUGUACAACAUGAAAGGGAUCGAAUUGCAUCGCAUCGUGCAUCUGCAGCUCUGAACAACAAUUCAGAGGCUUACAUUAAUCAUCUGCUCAAAGCUGAACAAGCAGCACAUAUGUUACGAGCUAGUGUUAUUACCCGAACAGCAGAUGCACGACGAAUGGCAACAACUUCAGAUGUUACUGACAGUAUGCAUCAGCAACUGAUGCUGAUGGUAGAAUGGGCAAAAAAUUUACCGGAAUUUUUACAGCUUCCAAUGGAUUGCCAAAUUGCAUUGCUCAGAAAUUUUUCCGCUCAACAUUUAGUGAUAUGUGCUGGUUUUAGGUCAAUACAAAUGCAGGAUGCAAUCUGGUUAACCAAUGAUGCUUGUUUACCUCGUGAUAUGCCGACGAUUCCAGAUGUCAAUCGUGUAGCAGCUCGGAUAUUGGACCAUGUAACUCAACCGAUGCGUUAUUUGCAUAUGGACGAGAGUGAAUAUGUUUCGUUAAAAGCAGUUGCAUUUUUUGAUCCAUUGGCGAAAGGAGUGGAAACAUGUUCGGCAAUGGUCGAAAAUACCAGGGAAAAAGUGUUGAGUGCUUUUGAAAAUCAUGUUACAAAAAUCUCACCUUAUCGAGAAAUAAAUCGCCGAUUAGCCAAUUUGUUGCUGCUACUUCCUCCAGUGUUAGCAAUUGCUCGGGAUCUGGUUGAAGAUGUACACCUCUGUAAAGUGUUUAGUUUAGCCGACAUUGAUAGCCUUAUGCAAGAGUUGAUGCUUUCGGCUGACAACGAUAAUAUCAAUUGUUUGGUGGCUAAAAUGCAGACAAUAGCACAAAAAUAA